GCCACGUUUCAUGUUACCACCAUCCGUUACCCUUCGUUCCGCCACGAGUGCGAACUCACCCGUAACGUGCCGAUCUCCUGCGCUUCUCUAUCUUCCUUGUCGUCCAUAUAAUUGCGGUCGCAGCCGCCGUACGUUUCACUGAUAGCGCGAGCGUUCCGUACGUCCAGGAACCAUGAGCCAGACCCAACCUACGAGGCCAGUUCGCGGCCAGGAGCAGCCGAUAAGGUACGGCGAUGUGUUCGCAGUGUCGGGGAGCCUUGCCGGCGAGGCAAUCUCCCCGAGGGACGCGGCCAUGAUGCAGUCGGCUGAGAACAGAGCGCUGGGCCAGACCCCCCAGGGCGGCGCGGCCUCUGUCAUGGAAUCGGCCGCCAUGUGGAACGAGCAGUGUGGCCUCGUCGGCCAUGAGCAGUUCAGCGAUACCCCCGGCCGCCAGGGCGUGUCCGUCACCCAGACCGACGUCCCCGGCUGCCCGGGCCAACGCCUCGUGACCGAGUUCGUCGCCGGUCAGGCGGUGGGCCAGUACUUUUUCAACACGGCGGCGGGAGGUGGUGCUGACGAGGCAGGUGGAGUCGCCGUGGAAAUGUGGACUGACAAGGUGUCGAUCGGAGAGGCGCUAGAGGCUGCCGCAACGACGGCUGGUUACAAGCCGGUCGACGCAAGCGACGCUGCCGCGAUCCAAGCUGCCGAGGCGACCGCAGCAGGCGCGAACGCCGUCACACCGGGUGGUGUUGCCGCCGCCGCGCAGGCGGCUGCUGCGGCCAACGCACUGACGUAUCGCGACGACGAGAAGACCAAGCUGGGGGAAGUUGUGGCGGAUGCGUCGGUGUGGAUGGCGAUGGACAAAGAAGCAACGAGGGAGGACGCAGAGAGAGUGGUGGCGGCGGAGAUGCGGAACAACCCUGAGCUGCGAGCGCAUCCGGGCGGGGUUGGUGCUUCCAUGGUUGCAGCGGCAAGGCUCAAUCAAGAACGUUGACAUGCUUGCUUUCGAUCGUGGCGGUGUACAGGUAGACAAGUUUCGGUAGUGCCUGUGUGAUAUCUACUGUCUACAACAGCAGGUGGGCUUUGUUGGUCUGUGGUGCAUCUACCAACUUUGUUUUGGUGAUGUUGAAUAGUUGGAAGUCUUCAACAAAGCCAUUUUGCUGUUCUCUUCGAUGUAAUAAUCCUUUUUGCUCGUGUGGUUCUUUUCUUCC